AGUGUAAUACCAGCUCAAAGAAAGUCAGCUCAGAGCUUCACUGUGAACCCAUGGCCCCCGCUGAGACAGUGGAAGCUAAAGAUGAAGUGCUGGGUACCGGUAAUGGCACAGAGUCGUCCAGCAAGAUGCCACAGACGAGCCCCAAAACCGCUGGAUCUGUGAACAGCACAUUUAGCAUUGUUCAGACCUCCAAUCUGAGUACAUCCACUAUUGUAAAUACCACUGGUCCCAUUCCCUGCCCUCAGAAUAAGACAUUGGAUCUUCCUUCAUCUAAUGUAAACAGUCCCAAUGCUAAGAGCCCGGCUAGUACUGAGACAUCCUUGGAUGGGAAUCCAAAUUGCUCAGCUGUAAAGGAAAGCAGUCCACAUGAUGGACAGAAUGCCACUUUUGACAUGCGUUCUCUUCAAAUAUCCAGCAACGGCACAACUUCCCAGGAAGUGGUUGUUGCUCCAGCUGUUGACCUCCAGAACAACACUUUUGAUUGUAAACUUCCAAAACAGAAUGGCACAAUAACUUUGUCAGAAACGAGCUCAAGUGAGAGUCACCUGAACACUUUGGACAAGCCCUCCUCCCCUAAAGUGUGUAAUCUAACCACUAGCCUGAAAGACAACAGUUCAGAAAUCCACCCUCCUGAAUUUUCAAAACAUAAUGAGCCGGAAGCUGCUACAGAUCCUAGUGCCAAGCCAGUUGAAACUACUGAGGGCACAUUUGAAGCUAAUCCUGUUUUGGAGGUAGCUUCUGGAGAUGGCAGACAUGAGACUAAGGAUCAGUCAAAGUUAGGUCUGAAUAUGAAAGAGGGUCUGUCUGACACUUUAAGCCAUCAGAUCAUGACUGCAGAGAACAAAACAAACACAUUCAAUUUGGAUGACACGUUGGAUUUAAAGGUGGAUUCCUUGAUCACUUCGACACCAAUGACAAACUGUAAAGUGUUCCACUUCUCCACUGUGAGAGACGAGGCCAAAACCAUAGGAGCACAGAAGAAACUGUAUAGCGAGGGUCCCAAAAAGCCAGUGGAUCAGAUGCCUUCAGAUGUACCAUCAAACAUCAUCGGUGACCGAAAAACAUUCUUGCAACCUGCUGCUAAAUCCCUCUGGCCUCCUUCAAAAACUGUAUCCCAGCUGAAGUAUAAGCCUGCCUCUACACUUCCAGGACCAACUGAGUCACUGACAUCAGGUCUGCCCAUGACCAGACAAAGAGCCCAAAGCAAAGGUCUAAGAGCUGCUGCAGCUUCUGAUGCACCACAGGGGGCCACAGGAACGUCAAGCUCCUACAACUUACGUGCUUCAACAACAGGGUCCAAGCAGCCCGGUUCUGGUUUGUUGAAACCACGGUUGUCUGCUAUUCCGUCAGCCAUCCAGAGAGCUGCACCGGGUCUAAGGCCUCCAUCAGCAAGAAGCAAUAUACCGACUUCUACAAAUACUGAUAAACAAUGUGGAUCUACAGUUCCCAACCCUGUGGCAAAGACUUCACAAACAAAGAAGCACGCUUUAACCAGAGGUGAACCUUUGCCACUAUCGAAGAGGAAGAGAAUGGAUUCUCUCGUGCCAUCCGGUAGUGUUGAAUCCCUACCAUCUGCAUGUGACACUUCAAACCGAGCUAAAAACCUGAAUCAGCCAAAAACCAGCCUGAGAGCUGCGCCAGCUAAAAGCCAAAAAGAUGAUGCCACAGUGCCAGCAAAUACUACAGAGACCUCAACGUCUUGUGAUGCUGCCGGUAGAGCCAGAGCCCUGAAACCACCUGCAACCAACCAUCGAGCUCCACUAGCUAAAUCUCAAGGUUGUGCCAAAUGUGCUGUACUUGAACAGCAACUCAAAGUAACCUCAGAAGAAGUGAAGAGACUGACUGCAGAGCUACUUAAGUACAGGAAACAAGAGGAAGAAUGCUGACACUGGUCCCUAAAGUCUUCUGGUUUUAAUAGCAUAUUGUGAAUUGAAAAAUUAACUAUUGUAAAAAGAAAAAAAUGGAUUCAAUAAAUAGAUUUUACUAUUAAAAAUGCUUACAUGUAACACUAUUUUACUCACUGAUGUCCUUGUUUUUACAUGUUGUACUGCUCUGUUUUAUCAAUAUUAUCUGUACAAUAGUAACUUUGUUUCACCAGUUAUAAUAUUGAAAUUUGGUCUGAAAUAGAGUGUUGGAACUUGGAAAAUUGGAACUGGAGAUUUUUUUUUUUUCUAACCAUUGUAAAUUGAGUAACACACUUGUCUAACAAGCAGAGCUUUUAAAUUACUUGUGUGAUUUUUCUCCUUUGGAUUAAAAGUCCUUAAUCCCCUCAAUUCAACCGAUGCUGUAUUUUGAGUAUUACUUUUGUGUUAAUAUUUAUACUCUGUAAAAUUGAGUUUCCAGAUUUUAAAAAAUCAUUUUUGGAGGCUGGGGUGUUGCCAUCUUCAAACUCUGAAAAACUUGAAGUCGAUUUGAGAGUAUGUAUUAAUCUGAGAAAUUUUAAAUAAAUGUGCUUUGUUAAA